UGAACUGGGAAUUUUCCUCAAAAUUUGUAACAGUGAAUUCGAUCCCAAAAAAACUAACACUCAAAUUCACAAACGCUCAGAACAACAAGAAAUAAUACCAGAAAUCAAACGAAAAUCAGAUUAUUCUCAGGUGAAACUAUAAAUUCGUUCCCAGAGGUCACCCAACCAAAAUAUUACCAGAAUGGGGGUAAAAAUGAGUUUCAACUGGAUUACAAACCGCUUCAAAGGCGAAUGAAAAUAAAUCACGCCCCCCCCUGUCACACGUUUCCCCAAGGACCACAAUAAAAAUAUUUCGAGAGUUUGUUGAUGUGAUUUGAAGUGACUCCAACGUCAUUACUUAUUCACCACGCUAAAUCGUAGUCUUUCAAAAUUGUCUGCUGAAAACCCACUUAAAAAUUAAAUUAAAAAAGAGACUAAAACUUCAAUCCCCAAAUAUUCAGAACACCGAAAAGAGAGGACGCUCGACCCAAAACAUUGCCAGAGUGGGGAUAAAAUGGCAAGUCGUGAAUAAUAAACAGAAAUAAGCCUCAGUAGAUCGAGCGCUAAACCAGGAGCAAGCGUGUUUACCGAAGAUGGCUGAGUUCGAGUCGAAUCGUUGUUACGCCUGCAAGAAGCUCUUCUGCUGCGUGGAUUGCUGCACAAACCACAUAAGGAGCAAACACCCAGGCCGUGAGUCCGAGUGUCCCCUCUGUCGCUCCGAGCUCCUCAUCGUCCGCAACUUCGAUAACUCUCACUUUAUGUGCCACGUCGUGAUCAAUCACCUGCCCCUGCAGUGUCGCACCUGUGGGGAUUUAUUCGAGUGCAGUGCUGACCUGAAAAGUCUGGGGACGUGCUCACGUCGUCUCUCAAAGCGAAAGGAUACUGUCAACGAAGGACACUCAGUAGUGGCCCACGGGCCAUCCCCACUGACCCAAACGCCCCUGAACCCCGUGAACCAGAGCAAAGGAUAUUCGAUCGAGGGAGACUACAACGCCAACUUCGAGAGCCUGACGUCCCCCCCAGAGUUCACAAGACACACUAGCACCCCAAUGCACAUUGGCCUGUCCCGAAAAACCUCAAGUAUUGUCUUCAAGCCCCCGAGAAGUCCGAGUUUCUCUCUGAAGACGCCGAAAACCCCGACGUUGCUUCCCCAGGGCGCGAACAAAGGAGGGGAAGCCAAUGAAGACAGCAAGAGUGUCUACAGCAAGACAGACACCCCUCACAUUCAGAAAAAGCAGUCGUCGAGGGACAGCAACCUGCAGGAGCUCCUGGAGCAGUCAGAGUCAGUGUACCUCAGCUUUUCCCCGUCGACUAGACGGGACACCUCGGAGAAGCCCUCCCUGAAAUCAAUCCUGCUGAGCAGAUCGCCAGUGGAGAGUCUGGAGCCCCCUCGAGACAGGAUGCUGGAGCUGGAAGGAACCAGUGCUGACAUGGAUCUGACAGACCCUCAGGGCUCAACCUCUUUAUCUCUUCAUCAGGCCAAUCAAGAGGUGAAGACACCCCUGGACGGAGUCUUCAAACUCCCAGCGGAGGCCAGGGACUCUGGAAAGAGAGUCAGAUUCUCCGAUCAAUUCGAGAUGAAAGAAGAACGUGAGAUGAGUCUGAGUAAAUCUUGCGUUAGUGGUACUGAGGAGUUCUUCGAGGCCAGGCAGAGUCUGUCGGAGUUCACUGUCAUAAAUCCUGAUAGUUCUCCCGGUGGAACUGAUCCCGGGGAAGAGAAUGUCAAGCCUUCGUCGAUCUUCAGACCACUGAAUGAUCUCAGCUUGGUGAAAUACGAGGAGGACGAGGAGAAUCGAGGAAAUAAGGAGAAUAUCGAGAACACGAAUAUUGAGAAGGGCAUUCCCACCUCUGAGAAACAGAGUGAAGGGGAGAAAUUUGUGAGCACGAAGGUCUCGGAGACUUCCAGAGUCGUGAUGAUGGUGCUGGUGGAGAAGACAGGAGCCAGUGGUACCGUAGAUCUGGCUCCACUCAUUGACUCUGGGCUGAGGACUCUGGAGUCAGUGACUACGAGCAUGAAUUCUGGGCAACAGGGGGCAUCUUCGUCGGGAGAGACUUCCCACGGGCAGAAGAAAUUUGUGGUGUCUGUUGAUACUUACAAGAGUGUUUCAACCAUCGAGCACUAUCGUAAGCCUUCCUCUGAGGAGUCCGACCAGAGGAAGAGACCUGAGAAGUCUGAGGGCGGUGGCCUGUUCUCAGCUGUUGCCAACGCCGUCAGGACAGCCUUCAAGAACAUCUCAGAGGCGGUUUCAACGAGACCUGUCAUGGGAGAAGAACAGGCCCGUCAACCGAUCCCGACGAUUAAGAUUGAUCCGCCUGAGGAGGGGCCAACGAACCCUGCGAGACCUUUGAAACGAUCACGAGAAGCGCUGGUUUCGUUUGAUGCUACUGAAGCUACGGAAACCGAUACUGACGAAUCGGAUAAUGACAUUCGAAGUCCAGAGCAGAAGAGACAUCGAGGCUGGUACAGACAAAUUCGUGGGAGGGAACCCAUCGCGAGAAUGAGGAGUGGCUCGGUGCUAUUGAACAGGGGGAUCUCGAAUGAAACUCAGUGCUUUCAGCAGGGAUCGUUGUCCGUUGGAGAUACCAUACUGCCUCUGCCUUCUCGCGCACAUCAAUCGACGCAGACUGAUCAUUAAAUCGAUUGGGACAAAGGUUUUUAUGGAUAUGAGUGUGAUUUUUUAUAGUACAGGGAUGAAACAACAGUUCAGACUUUUGGCUUGUUAAUGAUGAUGCUCGUAAUUAUUCUUCUGGGUAUAUUCAUUUUCGUUGUGAGUUCCUUAUUUUGGUCUUUUCUUUAUGAAUUAGAAAUGUUGAAAGAGUGACGUGAAUUCCGCGUUGAUAGGAAGAUGGGAGAAUAUAGGGAGAUUACUGGGCAAAUUCUGGGUUUGAUCCUGAAUAUUAUGCAGGGCUUGAUAUAAUUCAAAUGAAGCUACUGAAACUGAUACUGAUGGAGGCAAAAACGAUUUUCACGGGCCAGAAGAGAAGAGACAUUGAAUCUGGUGUAGACUAAUUCGUGGGAGGGAACUCUGAUGAAUCCAAAAAUGUGAGAGGGAACCGAUAUUUAUUUUCGUCAUAUGUUCUUUUUCUUUUUGUUCUUUCUUCCAUGAAUUAAAACUAUUGAAUGAAAGAUUUGAAUUGUGUUGAUAUGAAGAAUUACCUCGCGAUUUCUCAAUUUUUCUUGGGCUUUGAGAAAAUUUUGGGAAGUUAUAACACAUGCCGUUGUCUGAAUAUCUCAAUUUCUUCUUUGGGUGUCAAAAUUGUCCAUAUUCUCAACAAAUAAUUUUGUAACUUUCGCUGUACGAGUGUUUGUAGUUAACUCAAAUAAAUUAUGCAUAUUGAUAAUUUCUAAAAA